CAAUUAGCACAGCCUUUAAAAAGGGCAAUUUCACAAUGGACACACACACACCUUGACAAAGCUGUUGACACAGCAAAACGCGUCGGUUUGCCGAGGCCCUCACUACAGCUAAACAUCCUGAUCCUGGAAUACGCCUAGAAGUCCUUCACGCCUUAAACGGGGAACUUGUUGGUGUCCGAGAGAGGAGUACGAGACCAUGCUUUCAAUAGGACUACAAUUGUCCAUAAUCAAGCCUUGAAGGUUCUCCAUCCACUCCGUAUGGACUAUACAUCUCUACAAGUGCUAUCUACACCCCCUGGACUGUGGCAUCUUCUUCCAAAGGAUUCUAUACAGGAGACUGUGUUUGGCCUCUAUAAGUGCCUUUCCUCAACAAUAUAUACUACCCUUUGUCUUCUCUUCCAUCCCACCCAUCUCCACCGAAGAUGCCAGGAUACAUGCCGACUCCAGUUCAGUACCCGUCUCUGUCCUUUGCAGCACUGUCACCGAAAGGCAGCUUCAUUCAAGCCUUCAGGUUCCAGCCGCGCAGAGAUGGAAUUGACUUCAGGCGUUUUAGUGCCAUUGAUGUGGAAAAGGUGUCCCGGGAAUUAGACAUUGCUACACUGCAAGAGAGUAUAAAUGCAGUCACCUUCUGUAAUCUAGAUAAUGAGAGAUGUCCAUAUUGUCAGCAGCCAGUGGAUCCUGUGUUGCUGAAAAUCCUUAAAUUGGCACAGUUGACCAUCGAGUACCUCCUACAGUGCCAAGAAUAUCUGAGCAACACUGUAGCACAGCUGGAGGAGCGGCUACAGGAAUCAGCAAGUGAACAUCAGCAAACUAAGCAUGAGAUGGUAAAUCUGGCCGAGGAAAUAAAGAAACUGAAGGAGGAGAACAAGAGGAGGAAAAAGCUGAUUGGGACUCAGCAGAUGCUGAUCCAGGCUGGUGCUAACAACUAUCAUAAGUGCCAGCUAUGUGAUAAGGCAUUCAUGAACUAUUCCUACCUCCAGGGGCAUGUCGAACGUAGACAUCCUGAGAUCACCCAACUCGAGAGACAGAGGAAGAAGCAUGCAGAGCAGGUGGACGAUGGAAUUGAGGACCUGAGGAAUAAGUUGCAGAAGACUCAGUCUCAGUUGGAGACAGAAAGAGAGAUGGACCAUCAGCGCAGGAUGCAGGAGCUGGAGGAUGCACACCGCAGAGAGGAAAAUAUCAAGAGAGAUUUUGAGACAUGGAAAAAAGAAGAGAGAAUCAAGCUGCAAAAUGAGAUGGAUCACUUGAGACAGCAGCUCCUCUCUCAGAUCGAAGAUAUCACCAUUAAGAAUGCAGCAACAUACCAAGACCUUGAGUCUAAAAAAACAACAUCUUCUAAUCUUGGUGAGCUGCUAGAUGAAGAGGAACGGCAGGAGCGGCAGAAGAUACAGAAGGAGCUGUGGAGUCUGAGGGAGGAGAUGAAGAGACAGGAAACCGAAUGGAAAAAGAAGAUGAAGGAAAUAAAAAGGGAUCAUAAUUCAGAGAGAUCAGAGCUUUUAGAUGACAACAAUCGACUGAGAGCAUCAUUGUCUAAUGAUCAACGGACAAGAGAUGAACAGUUUGAGUCAACCAUGCAGUCCAUGAAAUCUACCAUCGAAAAGCAGAAAAAAAAGAUCAAGUCCAAGGAGCAAAAAAUAAGAGAACUGAAGGCAAGUAAAGAGAUGAAAGAAGUGCCACAAGUAGCACAGUUGGUUUUACCGGUUGGUGGAGCAAAGGAUGAGUCAAGUGAAGAGGAGAUGGAUGAAUCUCUAGGCCAGAAAAUGAGAAGGAUUGACGCUGUACGAAGGAACCCAGAGUUUAUCAGGCAGUUCCGUCCAUUACUGGAGGAGACUUUAAUGGAGAAGCUUGAAAGUAUGGGUGUGAAAAAGGGUGCAAAAGGAAUUCCAUCAUCUACCUACAAAGACUUGAAGGCUCUUUUGGUGAAACAGUUUCAACAGAAAAUGAAGAAAUACCCAGAUAUUGAAGGGAUAAAAGCCAAGUUGGGAAAAGUACUGCAGAAACUAGUGAAGCACCAGAGGAAGAGUGAGGACACCUUACAGUCCACAACUUCCCAGCUUUCAGUACAAAGUCCGAGGAGUACACAAAGCAUCCCCCCACCAGAAGUUACACCAAGAGCUAGGAACGUGCAGACUGUUGAGUCCUAUCGGUCUUCACAAGUUCCUGUCCCUUCACCACGGACCAAAGGGAUGGCAAGCCAGAGUGCAACUGGAAUCACUAAUGUUGUUUCACAGCCACCACCAAGGACUCCUCCAUUCACCUCAGAAGACGACGCGUCAAUGUUGGACCGUUCCCCCUACCAUUCCCUUGCACGCAAGUUGACUCCAACCUCUCAGCCCAUCUCCUUGGUACAAAAGCAGGCGGUAGAGGACAGCGAUGAUGAUGAUUGGUCUGAUUCAGACGUCUCUCCUGAGAAACCUAGCCCCAGAGUGGUUAGUUUUUCUAGAGAUACAACAAACCAAGGCUCUCAGGUCCAGGUUAUGGCGCGGUCCUUAGAGAGGCAGCUGUCAAGACAGAGGGAGAAACCAGUCGGAGGAAUAGAAACUGUUCCUUCUAAGUUAAUAAAGUCAUCAAAUCCACCUGAAGCGAGGAAAUCUCAGUCAUGGGAUGACAGCGACUCUGAAAUAUCUUCUUUGGAGGAAGUCACUGAUCACUUGGACUUCAGUCCCAGGAAGCCACAACCAGCUGUGAAUCGAAGCGCAGAAUCCACAGGCUCACAUGGCACUAGCAUCUGGAGCUCAAACAGUGCAAAGGGCUGGUGACUUACAAGACGCUGAGAGUUCUACAUUGCCCUCUGAAUAUGUGGACUAACAAAAUGUUUGAUUUUGUUCUGAGGGAUUCCAUAAAGUGCAAUGUUACUACCCAACAA